AGGCCCCCUUCACUAAAUCAUUACAACAAUGGCAGGAUUGAGAGCAUGGUUUGGACGUGGAUUAGAUCAGGAUUAUGUCGACUCCAUCAACAGUUUCUGGACAGUCCUUCUAUUAGCCGUGUGUUCUGUGGGAUCAUUCGCCAUGCGUUACAUCACUACACCCAUCAGUUGUUGGUGCCCUGCUCAAUUCGAACAGUCUCAGUACUCGUACACACAGGAAUCGUGUUUUCUGAAGGGCUUGUAUUAUAUGAAGCCAAUGCCUAAUGAUUAUGACGAAAAAAUACCACUCAUACUCUUCAUCCAAGCCCUGGCUUUCAAACUACCCAACAUCAUCUGGAACAGCAGCAAGCACUUGCUUACUUUCAAUAUGGAAGAAACCGUGGAGUCCCUGAAAAGUGUACAAUUGACCAAUGCCGAGAAUAGCCAGGUCAUGUUCAGUGAUGCAGCCCGAGUAUUUGGAAGUCUGUUGAGAAGAAACCGAAUCAUUUUGGCUCUUCUGUAUCUAUUUGUGAAACUUCUCUCCUGUGUCAAUCUGAUAGCCCAGUUUGUGUUCCUAACAACAUACUUCAGACAAUACCUGGCAAUCAGGGUUGGAUCCUAUGCAGGUUUUGAUAUGGACUCCAUUAUAAAACCUUUGCUUGUAAAAGAUGGUUACUGCAAUUUUCUAAUUCACCGGAUGACGACAACCUACGAUUAUACAGUUCAGUGUACUCUACCAAUCACCGAAAUCUAUGAGAAGAUUUUCACCUUCCUGUGGUACUGGAUCUUCCUCCUGGCUGCCAUCACCAUCCUUAACCUUGUCCUGUGGGCAGGAUUUCUCUUCCUUCCAUUCCUAAGAGAUGGCAGGAUAGCUGCCCAUGUCAACGCUGCCAAAGGAACUCGCCCUGAUGAACACUCUAUAACUCGAUUCAUCAGCACUUUCCUUGGAAUAGAUGGAGUACUUGUCUUGUCCAUGAUCUCCUGGAAUUCCAGUGAGCUGGUUUCAGCGAAGCUCACCCAACAUAUGUACCAAGUGUUUCGGGAAAAGGAAGAAGAAUUUCAAAAUGCACGAGAAAUCUACGCAGGAGAGCCUGGAGGUGGAGCUGGAGCCACGGGAACAGAAGCGGCGUUACCAAUGAUUGAUCUCGCCUCUGGUACCCCUAAUAUGGAGAAAGUGCCGAUUCUGUGA